UGUUAUGCCUGAUCAGUGUAUAUCAUCAGUUAACAACCAAAAUCGUUUAGAACCCUACUGUUGCACACUUUGAGUUCCUGCAGCCACAUAAUUUCUGAUGUGAAUACUGAGAGAAAAAUAAGUUCACAGGUUCUAGACUAUAAAAACUUCAGAAUAUGUAUAACUCGUCAUUGACCUUAUUAUUAUGUAUGCAGCUUUGAAGAAUAUAUUCAGACCACUGAACGCAUAUACUUAGAUGUUAUUGUACCUAAAGAGCCACUGUGUGUGUGUGUGUGUUUUACAGAAAAAAGCAGGAACACAGGCCAGUCCUGAUGGCAGGCGCUUGGGGGUCAGCCUGCACUGGACUCUGGCUCUAGCAGCCCAUUGGGCCCUCACUUCAACUCUGAACAUUUCACAGGACAAGUGCCCAUGAGGUCGUUGACGCUGGUCCUGCUCGUCCUGAUCAGCGUCCAGGCUGCACUCAUCAUGGGAGGCCACACCCAGGCGCAGGGGCCAGCCAAUCAGCAUGCAGCAGCACAACACUCACCCAGGCCUCACGGCCAAUCCAAGCAGGACUCGCAUUACGAAGACCUAAUCCCCACCGUGGACCCCAAACUCUUCAACAAGCGCCGUUACCGCUCACCUCGCGUGCUGUUCAGUGACGUGGUCCCUACGGAAAAUGAAACGGGAGGCCCCAGACGCCCACGUGUCCGGCGGAAGGCUAACGACUUCUUGCAUCGUGGUGAGUACUCGGUGUGCGACAGCGAAGAGCACUGGGUUGGCAACCUGACCCGUGCAACAGACUUAGCGGGCAAUGAAGUCACGGUGCUGCCACACGUUCGCAUCAACAACGUCGUAAAGAAGCAACUCUUCUUCGAGACCACAUGCCGUGUGUCGAAACCCAUCGGGACCCCCAAGCAAGGUCAAGGAGCCAGCGGCGUUAAAGCCGGAACCUCUAGCUGUCGUGGGAUUGACAACAAGCACUGGAACUCGUAUUGCACCAACACGCACACAUAUGUGCGGGCGCUAACGUCCUACAAAAACCAGAUCGCCUGGAGGUUCAUCCGAAUCAAUGCCGCUUGCGUGUGCGUGCUCAGCCGCAACUCAUGGAGGCAUUGACUGAUGGAUUGACUGGUGUCUCAGCCAACCCACUGCAGCCUCCUGUCAUAAGCCCCUCCCACACGUCAAUAACAACAUCCGUACUGCCAACGCUGGUGAUCCGAGACCCCGCCCCUUUUCUGUUCUGUUUAUGACAUCGCAACCCAGUCCCCUCCUACCCUACCUCACUCUGUAAAUUAUUGGUUGUUUAAGUUAUGAGGACUGCAUGACAUAUUUAUAUAGUUUAUACGUUCAGAAUAUAAAUAUAAAUAUAUAUAUGUGUAUAUACAGUAUACAUAAAGCAAGCUUUUGUUGUGUUGUUGAUGCUCUUAUUUAUUAAACACCUCACUUCAGUAUG